UGAUGAGCAGCACCCGAUAGUUGUUAAUGAUGUUGUUAUUUUUCUCAAUCAACUUCCUUGUAUCCUGAAUUAUUAGAUUGCUUAUUCAGUUUGUUUUAUUCUUAAUCUUGUUGUCUCUUCCAGUUAUGAGUUCUUCUUCAUGACUGUACUGUAAAUUUAACAUUUUCAAUUUCUGUUAUUCUUUACCAAUUCUCUGUACAUCUCCUCUAUUCAUCAAUUGUUGAUGAUAUAAUUAGCAUUGUUGCUUAAUAACUUAUAUCAUGUGUUUUUUGAUAUCUCUCUAGUCUUACCACUUUCUAUCCUCUUUUUUAUAUCACUUGUGUUGGCUGUACGAUUUUUUUUCAUUGUUUACUCUCUGUGUUAUGUAAAAAUAGAGGUUUUUUUCAUUUGCUCUGUAUUUGAAGUGACUAUUGUUUUAUUUACUGUGUGAUAUACCAAUGGGCUUUGUUUUCCAUUCUUUUAGUGUUUAAUCGUUGUUUCCAUUGAUCCUUGAAUGUUAUUGACAGGAAACAUGAUUAUAAACGGCAAUAUUCGUCAUAUUACUCACUCUAAUGAAUGCUAUUGUUGCCAUAAGUGUCAUGUUAAUCUUGAUUUCAAUCUUUCAUCUAGUUUAUCAGUGUUAAUUCAUCAGUUGAACUCUUUCUCUUCUCUGUUGAUUUGUUUUUAUUUGUUUAAUUUGUCAAAAUGAAUCCUUUAAUCAUGGUUGAUUUAACAUUAUUUCUGUUAACUUGGAACGUCAAAGACACCGGACCAGACAACGGAUACGGUGACUUACUUAAUUACGCAUUCAGCUCAUCAAAUGGCACAAAGGAACCAGACUUGAUUGCAAUAGGAUUACAAGAAGUCUCUUUCAAAAUUCUUGGUCCCGAACCAUGGGUUACACGAACCAAAGAAAUCCUAGCGGAACGUGAUUAUGUCAUGGUUAAAAAAAAUCAGCUUGUGGGUAUUUUAUUGAUGGUGCUCGUGAAGAGACAAUCACUUCUUGAUUUUACCAAUAUCAAGACGGAUUAUACACGAACUGGGUUAGGAGGAUUAUGGGGUAACAAAGGUGCUGUCUCUACCAGAUUCGAUCACAAAGGAGUUUCUAUUGUGAUUACUAAUUCUCAUCUAGCUGCUCAUGACUAUAAUCUGGAGACCCGAAUCACUGAAUUCAAAAAAAUUUACGGUGGUCAGAGUUUUGAAAUCAAAAAUCCAGACUACCGAACAAUGAGCAUCGGAGAUCAUGACUUAUCGCUUUGGUUAGGUGACCUCAAUUUUCGUCUCGAUGAUCUAACAGGACAAGAAAUUUUGCAGAAGAUUGUUACUGCAGAUUUAACCAAGGAUUCAAAUGAAAGAAAAAACCUUCUUACUGAACUGUUGGACCAUGAUCAAUUAUCAAAUUCUAUGAGACUUGGGAAAGUAUUUGUUGGAUAUACAGAAGAUCCCAUUAAUUUCUCACCAACUUACAAAUUCGUUGCCUGGUCAAAUGAAUAUGAUCUUGGUCGUAAACCUGCCUGGUGUGAUCGGAUAUUGUAUAAAGACAAAGGCUCAAUCAAUCUUGAAACCAACAAUUAUCGCAGUCAUCCUGAUUUUUCUCAAAGUGAUCAUAAACCUGUUUCCAAUUUCUUCUCUCUUAACCUUCCUAAGAGACUCAAGAGAGAAAUUAGUCCGUCAAAAAUUAAAUUUAUUAUUCCUACAGACUGGAAAAUUCACCAUGAUUCUUCAGCCUUUUAUACUUUUGAUACUCCUGAAAUUAACUCUCGGCAAAUGCACUCAUCACAACAUGAGAAUACACCUGAUCGAGAAUUAAACCUCCAAACAGGAAUAAACAGGAGAAGAAGAUCUGCUUCUAGAGAUAAAACAACAAAAUUAUCUGAAUUUGAUUGGAUAGGAUUAUAUCCAGCAAAUUUCACUGAUAUUGAAGAGCCAAUAACUUUUGUUUGGGCCAAUCCAGAAUCAAUACCAAAACAAAACACUAGUACCAUCAGACAAGAAAGGUCUACUUUAUCAGCAUCUUUUGAUCCCAUGGCUUCCACUUCGUCAACAGACUCAUCUGAUUCAGUUCGAGGACCAUCUUCAUCAAGCGCACCAAUUUUCAGAGUAGAUUUUUCUGAAUUGGUUCUACUUAAACCUGGACAAUUUAGGCUUCUAUACUUUAACGAGGAUGGACAACUGCUUGCAAUAAGUGAUCCAUUUUCAAUUCAUCGAUAAAGAUUUCACGAAUCAUUCAUCGUUUUUUGAAAACCGUCCAAGCCUAUCACCACUAUUUACACCUUAAUUCAAAGUACUUGACAAAUGGAUAUCACCUUCAAUACGAAUCUCUCUUCAAACUCAAAAAGAUAUAUUUUCCAACAAUGAAUCCUUCGAUCAAACUAAACAAUUCUGCCUUUGUCCGUUAAUCUACCGCCAAUUAGUCUCCAAGAGAUUCACCAUUCUGUCAACUUUUAGAUUUUGAAUCAAAUCAUUGAUUCGACCUUUCACUGAAAUUAUUUGAAAUUUAGCUUGUAAAAUGGUUUUAACCAUGAAAAUCUAAAACAAAACAAUGUACAAGAACGCAAUUCAAUGUACUUCUUUUAUACCAUAAUGUCUCGUCGAUAGUGAAAUUUGAAAAAAAUGAUAAUGAGAAAUGUAUUAUCAUAUAUUAAAUACCUAUUCAUCUCAA